UAACACAUCUUAGACCACCGCCGUCUGAACAUUAACCCCGGCUGGUUGUCAUGACAGCCGCCUCGGUAACCCCAGUAACCCUCUCCUGCAGCUCAUUGAGCCGCUAGCUGUAGUAGUACUGAGCUGCUUCUCCACGAGGAUCAGAGUUUCACAAGUUGUCUGAGCAUCAUUCUGGGUCAACAUCUGUGAACAUCAACCAGUUUAUCAAAAUCCUUCUGAUCAUGCAGCUGGUGAUCCGCCGGUACCGUCCCUCAGACAAGGACGCAGUGCUCAACCUGUUUAGCGUCGGCAUCCUGGAGCACAUCGGUCCAUGUUUUCACAACGCCAUGGCCAGUCCUCUCUACCUCGCUGUCACCCUGGCUCUGUGUGUCGCUGGCUACCUGCUCGGCUCCGUGUUAGGGGCCGUGGCGUUGCCAGGAGCCUGGGCGGGCCUCGUCUACUACUGCUGUCAUGAGCUAUAUAACAGCUUCGUCAGGGACAGACUCCGGGCAGACAUGCAGGACAUCCCUGGAAACUAUCUGAGCAGACCGGAUGACUGUUUCUGGGUGGCGGAAGCUGAGGUUGAUGGGAGGGCCCAGAUCAUGGGUAUGGUGGCUGUGAGGGCCAAACAAAGCGGGAAAGAAAGACAUGGAGAACUGUUCAGGAUGAUCGUCUCACCAUUGUGCAGACGGGUGGGCCUGGGCUCCAGGAUGACUCAGACUGUGGUUGACUUCUGUAAGGAGCGAGGCUUCUCCAAGGUGACGCUGGAGACCAGCUCCACUCAGGCCUCUGCUGUGGCUCUGUACAAGAAACUGGGGUUCAGCCACGUCCUCUCACACACCAAAACAUCGAUCGUUCCUGAUUGGUUGGUAACACUGACCAAGGUGACGAUUUUAUUAAUGGAAAAACAUCUGUAGUCGUGACGUAACCCAGAUCGGCUACUGUGAUGUUCCUGUUAUGUUCCUCUGAAUCAGCGGUUUAAGCUUUUAACCCAAACAAAGAGAGCAAGAGCCUUUUCCUUUUACUGUAUGUAAGACCAACUGAUCUGAAUGUUUUAAUCAUGACACACUGUUGCUCUUAUAAGUUUGCUGGACCAAGAUUCUCCAAUUGUUUAUUACUUUUUCAAAAAAAAAAUUGUACUAGUUUCAACUACUGUGAUUUUAUGACCGAUCACACUGAUUUCACACAAAAACAUGCAAGAAAUAAAACCACCCCUAAAGGUUUUA